ACAAUGUCUCAGGUUUUUAUCUUAUUAAAAAAGAUGAUGAAGAAAUAACAAACGAAAUAGAUCUAAUCCUUGAAAUUACAAUUUCCACGGAUAUGAAAUUUUUAAAAAAAGGUAUUAGAUCGAAGGAAAUAUGAUUAAAAUCCAAACGGAAGAAAUAAAAAUAUAAAAAAAGGAAUCAAAACAGAGGGAGAAAGAAAGAAAGAGAGAGAGAGAGAGAGAGAGAGAAAGAAAGGAAGAGAAAUAGAGAAAAGAGACAAUAAUAAAAGAGAGAAAUCAGUACAUCAGUUCACGAAGAUUCCAGAAUAUAACAAGAAAAGAGGAAGAGAAGAGAAGAGAGAAGGAGAGAAAGGAAGAGACACAGACACAAAGCAGAAGAAGAAGAAGAAGAAGAAGAGAGGAGGAAGGAAAAAGGCAAAGAAUUGUCACCUAUUGUCAAGUCUAUUUUGGAAGUGAAUUAGUGAUUUUGAAACACAUUUUAAGACUUAUUUUUCCCGACCUCUGUUAUGGCCAAUCUCUUUGGAAUUAUCGUGUCGGGGCGUCUGGUGCAAACAAACUUCGAGCAAGUGGGGGAGAAACAGUUUCUCUGCAUCAUUCCCGAGGCUGACAACAUCAAUCACGUGGUAGUCUUUCUGACGGGCAGUGUCCCCUUUCCCGAUGGUCUUGGGGGCUCAGUGUACUUCAGUUGGCCAGACCCCAAUGGCCCCCCCACCUGGCACCUUCUGGGUAACAUAACGAACGCCAAACCCUCAGCAAUAUUCAAGAUUUCCGGCCUAAAGAAAACGGGCGACUCAGUCCUACAGUCGGGGUAUAAUUUCGGAGCCCAGAAAGUAUCCCACAAUGCUCAGAUUGGGAUAUCGGUGGAACCACUGUCACAAAUACAGGGACAGGUUGCCAAUCCAUCCACAGAAGCAUCAACCCUGAAUUCCUACAUGGAGUUCAGCCAUGCUAUGUGCGAAAAUCUCUACAACUUUGCAUCUAGCUUCGCCCAGAGUCCUUCGCAGAUCACCCCUAAUCCAUCCGAACAGUACUUACCCUUCUCAGUGCUCACGAAAUGGUACGAGAGCUUCAGCCGGAAGUUGCAACAGAACCCGAAUUUCUGGAAGAAGUAGUGAUCCAAGGCAGUUGCAUCCUUUUUCUGGCUCUUGUAUAAGUGUAGACUGUUUGUGGAUUGCCAGUGAUUGAUGCGUAUAUGACUAGCACAAGCAGAAUACAUUUGUCCAGCAAAAUGCCUUUACUACGCUCAAAGAAAAUAAUAAAAUAAUAUAAUGGAGAUCAUGAAUUAUCUCUCUAUCUAAUGUCUCUUGGUUUUGCUUAUACAUCUGAUACAGGGGAAAUAACAGCGUUUUAAUGCUGUAUUGUAUUCUCUUUUAUAUAGCUAUGAUAUUAUAGAAUGCAUUGCGAUUAAAUUUUAUUCAAAGUUAGUUUAUUCAUAACUCAUAAUUCUCAUUUCUUUGUGAAACACGGUGAUGAUUUAGUGGCCUAUACAUCCAUAUAAAAAAAGUGCAAGUCUUUGUCAUACUAUGGUGAUUUAUUGUGUAAUUUCUUAUGGAUAUAUAGACUUUUGGCCAAAAAAAACUUCCAUGAGGUUGGUCACUUGUUGUUAAGGUUGAAGGUUUGGACAAGAUUACAACAGCAAUUCCAGGUAUUGUUCACAGAACGGAGUAAUGGAGAUAAAUUAUAUAUCAUAAGUUUCUGAUUGCAUCUCAAUCAUUAUUUGUAAAGGAAUAUCUAUCUCUGGCAUAAGAAUUUCAAGGAAAUGGCAUUUUCAUUUUAAUUACACUUUCUGUCCCAUGAUGAAAGGAAUUUUACAAUUAAUGGGAAUUGUAAAUUAAGUCUUACUGUACCCUAUUUUUAGUUUUUAUGUUAACCUCUUUUUUUUUUUUACUUACAGUAUAAUGUUAUGUUUACCUGCUGUGUAUAAGAAAAAAAGUUAGAUAUAUAUAUUUUAUUUGUUUUCUAAGUUUUCCUAUACUGUUGUCAGUUUUAUACUGAUUUUGUGUACCUUUUUAAUAUUUUUGAUUUUUAUAAUACCUGUUUAUGUUUGUGGGGUCUGUUUUGGGUGUAUAAAAUGGAAACUACUCAGUUAAUACAGACUGGAUUCCUUUUUAUACACAGUCACUCAGCCCAGUUUGUAGUUAACUAGAUUUACCAGUGUCCUCUUGUGUGCUUCUGUUAACAAGGGUCGUGUAAACAAUGUCCCAGAUUUAUUUUAGAGAAGAGAAAAAAGAGGCAGUUGCAGAUGGGAUUGGUAGACCUUUUAAAAAGUGUGGCCCAUCUUUUCUGUGCUUGAAGUGUGAACUGUGAUACAAGAAAAAACUAAUAAAUGCUUAAGAUGAUUGUACAAUAUCUUGUGUAAAUUGCAUGGAUUCCAAUCAUUAAUAUGAUCUCACACUGUCAAAAUAAAUUACUGACAUGGAAGAAAAUCAUGGACACAAGAUAAAAUGUAAUGUAUACUGAAAAAUAACAAAAUAGCAAUCAGUCAGUCCAGGUACAAUGUUCAGUGCAAUGUCAAAGCUGCUGAUGAUAGUUAUAGUUAUCAAUAGUAAUCCUUUAGUCUCCCUCUUACCACUGCUUUCUUUCCAGCAAAUUAUUUGCUUUUAAGUUUCACUACUACAAUUUCUUUUAACAUAUUCAAGGCUGCUAUUACAUUAUGACUACUCCAGGAGACAAAACUAAUAGUUUCACUGUUAUGGUACCAAAAUAUAAAGACAGAUAGGCAGACAGACAAAGACAUACACUCAUACACAUUUAAAUAUUAACUUUGUCACAGAAACAUGUGUCAUGGAUAUAUCCCUUUUCCUGAUAAAUUACUUAUUGGUCUAUUCUCUUUACCCCAUUAACUGCAGUAUUAAAAAUUGGCUAGCAGCCAGUAAUGCAGGUUCUUGGCACCUAUUGGAAAUUUCCCUUGUUUGUGACUGGCUCUUGAAGCGCAGUUGGCCCGUAAUAGUGACAUGAAGCAGGAUAUGUUUCAUUUAUGAAAACUUUCUGCCAAUUCAACAUGCAAUGUCAUUAGCAGCAUAAACAAAAAGGGGAAAAGCCCCCAUCUAAAGUUUUUUGGUUCAGUAAGGCAAUGUCUGUGGAUGUCCAGAAUGGUCAAAGGUCAAAACAAACAAAUGUACCAGGCAUCAAAGGUUACACAACACUAUGAGAAAGUAUUGUGGCAAAAAGGGUAAAUGUAAGUUAACAAUUUGGAAAAGUGAACAGAAGAGGGGAUGAAGAAGAGGAGGAAAAGUAAAGGGGGAGAAGAAAAAACCCUGCAAAAUUAGUUGAGGCGAGGGCUGAGGUCCAAGGCAGGGGUGAUCCCUACAGUCUUACCUGAAUUGUGGAGAAACAACUGAAUACUGCCUAAAUAAUAUUCACAAUUCUGAAGUAAUUCUUCGGUCCUGACAUCAAAAAUUAACUGUAGAUCAUUUAUCUAAGUACCUGACAUCACAUUAAUGUAGAUUCAUAGGUAUAACAAUCAUCAAACUGUACUCUUUAUUUAUCUCUCUUUCUCUUUCUUUCAUGGCAAAGAUGUACUUUAGAUGUUGCCAAUGACUGGCUGAAUGCAAGACUUCAAUAAAACUGUUGCAUUUAAAACAAUCAUCACCAACCUAUCAACUGUCAAAUGAUUUUCAUCACUAUAACAAUAAAAAAAAAUAGCAUAGUUUUUCUUGCCAUUGCCCAUACCACUGCAUACAGGCCAUUAACCAUAUUUGCUCUUUAAGACCUAGACAGACCCAUUUCCCUCAAUCACCCUUUAGAGAUGGCAUUGUUAUUCCAAAUAAUUUCUCAACCUAUCACAUAUGGAAAGCUUCCUUCAUACUCUUAAGGCCCUUAAGAAUUCAUACAUAUCUGUUGUUUUAUACAUCAACUUGUUUUACUUAUAUGUGGCAACUACUCUUUGUUUUCUUUAACCUUAACCUGGUUUGUGCAUAUUGUUGAUCUAAUAACAAAUGAACACUAAUCAGUCGGCGAGUGCUGUUUACGCCUUAUAUUUUUAAGACUGACUUAUAGUUCAACUUUAUAAUUUGUAAAUGUUUUUCAAAUGCUCUUUAUAUGAAAUGCAUGUGAGAUGAUUGCC